AUGAAUCGCCAAAUGCAAUUUUACCGUUCCAAAAAGAUUGUGGCUGCCGCCAAAAAUAACAAUAUAAACUGUGAUUCAGAGACGGAAAAACGUUUGCCUGCUAAUAACGGCCUAAUUAAAUUCAAAGCACUAUACACUUCAUCUUCGCAAAAUAACACUGCUAUAAAUCCUAAAACCUUAAGUGUAAUUGACCCUGAAGAAUUAAUUACAUUUAGCGAUUUGGACGAUUCAGUUGAAGAUCCUGAUUUUGAGCUGCCUGAAUCUGUAAAAGAUACUUCUUCUGAUACUGAUUUUACAUUCCGGGACUUCUUGGGUUCUUGUAUAUCUCAAUCUGCCGCUGAAUCUCUGCAUCAAAAUAGACAACCCGAAAUACACUUCGUAGCUGCAUAUCCCGGUCCAGUCUUUACUUAUAAUGAACAUGAUAAUUUAUCAAACACCAGUACAACACAAAAUGCAAAUCCGCAAUAUGUAAAUGCCACUGAACCAAAUGUUGUGAAACCAAAUAAAAAUAAAAUAAAGCAUCCGAUGAUCGUAAAUAGUUGUGAUGGCAAAUGCAAGAGGCAAUGUGCAAAGUUUUCAGUUGAAAGUCGGAAAGAGAUUUGGGAUAAAUAUUGGGAACGAAAUUUUGUAUCAAGGCGUAAUUUUCUCAAUAAAUGCAUAACUAUAUGUUCUAUAAAGCGACGUAAGGUUCAAAUCUCCAAUUCUAAUAAUUCGUUUUCGAAAAACGAAAGUCGUUAUUUUUCUUUGCCAAAUAAAGACAACGAGUUGAUUCCCGUGUGCCGUAACUUUUUUUUGGCAACUCUUGGAUAUAAAACUGAUGGCGUGAUAACAGAACUUAGUAAAUCUAUAAAGAAAGGGAUAUUAAAUGCAUCUGCUUCCAAAGAAAAUAGGGGUGGCAAUCUAAGAAAAGUUGAUGGAAGCAUAAUAACUGAGCAUAUCAUGAGUUUUCAGCCCACUGUUAGUCAUUAUCGCCGUCACAAUGCACCAUUUACUAAAUAUUUGCCGAGACACUUAACAUUACAGCAAAUGUAUAAAGAUUUCAAGCAGAAAAAUCCAAAUUUUAAAUGUGGGGUUGAAUUAUACAGACAAAAUAUAAAAAAACUAAAAAUAUCAUUUCAUAUGCCUAAAGGUGAUAGCUGUGUAGAAUGCUCAAUGUAUGAACAAGAACUGAAGAAUUACAGCGAUGUUAAUUCGAUGCCUGAAAAAAUAAGAACGAAAUAUGAAAAUCAUAAGUUCAAAGCUGACUCUGCUUUACAAAGAUACAGAUUAGAUGGAUCAAGCAAAAAUUCAAAUAGAGUUAAAUAUUUAUCAAUGGAUUUACAAAAGGUGAUUAUUUUACCAGAGAUGCCUGAAAUUAAAGAUGCUUUUUUUAUGAGUCGUUUGGUUACGUUUAAUUUAACAUUUGCUCCAAUUGAAAAGAAGUCGAGCGAUUUUGCCAUAUGUGUCCUUUGGCAUGAAGCUCAAGCUGGACGAGAGGCGAGUGAUAUAAUGAACGCCAUAUAUGCUUUCAUACAGGCUAAUAGGGACAUGGAGCACUUGUAUAUAUGGGCUGAUAAUUGUACAGCGCAAAACAAAAAUUGGACCCUUUAUACUGCAAUGAUUAUAAUAGUCAAUAACUCCUUGAAUAAUCUUAAAUCAGUAACUAUUAGCUAUUUAACCAAAGGCCAUACUCACAUGUCCGCGGAUGCUGUUCAUGGCAAUAUCGAAAUGAAAAUGAGGAGGCAAAGAAAUAUAUAUGAUUUUCAGGAUUUUAAAGACACAGUGAUGCAAUCAAGGAGAAAUAUAAAACCUAUUGAAAUCAAUUGUAGAUAUGAGUGGCCUAAAAAAAAGAGAGUGGCACGUCUUAAUGAACCGCUAAAGCAAUUUAAUUUGAACUCUGUUGUGCAAGUCGAAUUUAGCGCUGGAUCAAGAAACCUUUUUUAUAAGACAAGAUUUGAUGAACCCCUCCAAGAAUUGGACUUUCUGGUAAAAAAAUUUAAUUGCACUGAGCUCCCUAAAAGUCUUGAUACCCCAAGAGGUAUUAAACAAAAUAAAAAAGAAGAAAUUAUUAAUAAAUUGGUAUGUUUGAUGCCGGAAUCAAGAAAAUCAUUUUGGAAUAAUUUACCCGUCAAUGACUCGUCUGCCGAUUUGACAAAUGAUGGACAAAUGUCUGCAGUUGAAUAG